GAGACAGGCGACGAUGGCGACAGCCGCUAAGUCGGCGAUGGCCGCGGUUGGAUUCUCAGUCGUGGCCCUCAUCGUAUGUUUGGCCCUCAUCGGGAGUUCAAACUUGUCGCGCAAGGCAGUGCUGUCGAGCAGGGCUCAGAUGCUCCGCACUAUCGACCUCAACAAAGACAACAAGAACCUGGACAUCGUGAAAUAUUUGAAGUCAAACAAGGACAUCAAGACUCCGCUGCGAAGGCAUAUGAGACGCUUGUCUCCCCAAGAGAUUCUUCGGGAGGAUUCCAACAAUGUGGAUGACCUGAGAUCUCCCGCUCCCUCCAACCUCCGAGGGCUCGGACCCGAUGGGCUGAGAGAUGAAGGGUCAAUCUCCGAUCUUUACCUCCUGGGCUCUCUGAGCAGAGAAAACAAGGUUGACUCUGCUCGUAUGGACGCAGUGGAUGCUAGGCACAACAUUCCGAGGGCGAACUCUUUUUUGGCUAGAAGAAGGAGAGUGCACGACAUGGCAACUGCUGAGAGCAGGGUGGACUCGAAGGCUGAGAACCUCUUGUUCAGCAAGCGCAAUCCUGAGCCGUUUCAUAUGAUCAGAGAUGGGGAGAGUCAAGCUGGAGGGCCUCCGUCUUGGCACGAGGACAGCUUCAAAGAUAAGUUCUCUACCGCACAGAUUCCAAUCGCCACCGGCGACAGCUUCAAGAACAAGUUCCAUGCGCUGACUGUCAAGUCCAACGACGAUGGGAGCUCCAGCGACUCGGAUCAGAUGCCUGCUGUUGACUUGGGUGCGGAAUCUGACAGCGAGAGAUUGGCGGAUCCCAACCCAGCACCAUUGGCUGCCCCGAGCAAGGGAAUCUGGAUCGAGCCAGGAUCGAAUAAGGGGUAUGACAGCUACGCUCUCGACUCACUGCAGGACAAGCACGCUGCAUAG